AUGGCAACUAAAAAAACAACGAUUGGUGCAGCAACUGACAUAGCGAAGACGAAAUUAUGUCAAUUGACAAAAUACAUAAGAGUAUUUGUUAGAACAUACGAGAAUACCUUCCAGGAAUCAUGUCCGAAUAAUGAAAAAGGUUUGUCGUUCGAUUCUCAAGAAGAAUAUGAAAAUGGCAUUGUGGAGCUAUGUUUCGAGUGUGCGAAACCAGUUUAUCCCUUGGAUCGACUCGAGAAAAUUGAUCUACAUAAAACAAUUGAAGAAAAUGAGAAACCAACUUAUUCUGAGUGGUUUUGUAUUAAAUGCGAAAAUGAAAUGGUAACAUUUGUCAAACCCGAUGAGUGUGAAUUUUGUAUAGAUAAUAAAGUAUAA